CACCGCAAACUGGGAUAUUUGUAACUACACAGGACAGUGCAGGGGUUCACAGAGAGGGGGGCUGGUUAUGCUUUGAGUUGCUUUUGUAGUUUUUUACUAUUAUUUUUUUUUACCUCCGAAAUGUCUCGGAUAUUAAACUUAGCACCGUUGCGCAAAAGUUUAGCCGCGUGUGGAGCGAUUGCUCGGCUUCCUUUGAGGACCAUCUGCUGCACGUCAAGGAAACAUGCAGAAGAGAGAGAUGCAGCCUCAGCUCUGGGGAAGAGGUGGAAGGACACGGCAGAGACGGUCAUCAUUGGAGGCGGCUGUGUGGGCACCAGUCUGACCUAUCACCUGGCCAAAGCUGGCAUGAAGGACGUGGUGCUGCUGGAGAAGUCUGAGCUCACAGCUGGAUCUACCUGGCACGCUGCUGGUCUGACAACAUCUUACCAUCCUGGCAUCAAUGUGAAGAAAAUCCACUAUGACAGCCUUAAAUUAUACAAGACCCUGGAGGCUGAAACUGGACAGGCCGUGGGUUUGCACACACCCGGCAGUGUCCGUAUUGCUUCAACACCAGCUCGAGUGGACGAGAUGAGGUACCAGAUGACCCGCACACACUGGCAUGUGACGGAGCAGUACAUGAUCGGACCGGAAAAAGUCCAAGAGCUCUUCCCUCUGCUUAAUAUGGACAAGGUGCUGGCAGGCCUCUACACCCCCGGAGACGGCCACAUCGACCCCUACUCUCUGACUAUGGCUCUGGCUGCUGGAGCUCGUAUGUACGGUGCUCAGAUCUACAAUCCAGCUCCUGUCACCGGCCUCAGCCAAACAUCCGACGGCAAGUGGGACGUCCAGACUCCACACGGAACAAUCCGCGCAAAUCGCAUUGUCAACACAGCAGGUUUCUGGGCCCGUGAGGUGGGUAAGAUGAUUGGGUUUGAACACCCCACCAUCCCGGUGCAUCACCAGUACGUGGUGACUGCCACAGUACCAGAGGUGAAGGCUCUGAAGAAGGAGCUGGCUGUCAUCAGGGACCUGGAGGCCUCCUACUACCUGCGUCAGGAGAGAGACGGUCUGCUGUUUGGCCCAUACGAGAAGAUGGAGAAGAUGGUGCUGCAGGACUCGUGGGUCAGAGAGGGAGUACCUCCAGGCUUCGGCAAAGAGCUGUUUGAGUCAGACCUUGACAGGAUAAUGGAGCACAUUGAGAUGGCCAUGGAGAUGGUCCCCGUGCUGAAGAAAGCUGACAUCAUUAACACAGUGUCUGGACCAAUCACAUACACCCCUGACCUGCUGCCCAUGGUGGGACCACACCGGGGAGUUUCCAACUACUGGACUGCCAUUGGCUUUGGGUAUGGAAUUAUCCAUGCUGGUGGAAUGGGUAAGUUCCUGAGUGAUUGGAUUACGAACGGCGAGCCUCCCUAUGACCUGAUUGAAUGCGACCCGAACCGCUACGGCAAAUGGAAAAGACAACCUUUAACUUUAGCAAGGCCAAGUUUCCGACGUACAAACUGGUUCGGACCAGUUGGCAGAGAGUGCAGGUUGGUGAUGGAGAAGGUGGGAGUGAUCGACCUGACGCCUUUUGGCAAGUUCAUCGUGAAGGGGAAGGACUCACACAAGCUGCUAGAUCGCCUGUUCGCUAACACCAUGCCCAAGGUGGGCUUAACUAAUAUCAGCCACAUGUUGACACCCAAUGGGAGAGUCUACGCCGAGGUCACCAUCACUCAGUUGGAACCAGGAAAGUUCCUGCUCAUCACAGGCUCAGGGUCAGAGCUACAUGACCUCAGGUGGAUAGAAAAAGAAGCUAUAGAGGGCCGAUAUGACGUCGACAUCAGCAACGUCACAGAUGAUAUUGGCGUGCUCGGCGUUGCAGGACCAAACUCCCGCAAAGUUCUCCAGAAACUAACAAAGGAGGAUAUGAGUGAUGCCGGAUUCAAAUUUCUCCACUGCAAGUCCAUUGAGCUGGCUGGCGUCACUGUCCGGGCCAUCAGGAUCUCCUACACUGGUGAGCUGGGCUGGGAGCUCUACAUUGACCAGAAGAACAUGGCGGCUGUGUAUCAGGCCAUCAUGGCGGCAGGAAAAGAUGAAGGCAUCGACAACUUCGGCACAUACGCCAUGAACUCCCUCAGACUGGAGAAGGGCUUCAGAGGCUGGGGAGCUGAGAUGAACUGUGACACCAACCCUCUGGAGGCUGGACUGGAUUAUUUCAUCAAACUGAACAAGCCUGCUGACUUUAUUGGCAGAGCAGCCCUUCGGGAGAUCAAAGCCAAGGGCCUGAAGAGGAAGCUGUCCUACAUCUCCCUGGAUACAGACGAUAUCGACCCUGAAGGCAAUGAGACCAUCUGGCACAAUGGCAAGGUGGUUGGAAACACAACGUCUGGAGCUUACAGUUACAGCUGCCAGCAGAGCCUGGCGUUCGCCUACCUGCCUCUGGAGCUGUGCUCUGUGGGCCAGAAGGUGGAGGUGGAACUGCUGUCAAAGAAAUAUCAAGCCAUGGUCAUCCAGGAGCCCUUAGUCCUCACCGAGCCCACACGGACCCGGCUGCAGAAGAAGGCAAAGGGCAAAGCAUAAACACAGGCCGUCCUCGAUCAGUUUCUCAGCAGCUAAUGAAGAACAAUCCUCAUGCGAUCAUAAACAAGAGUCUGAGGUGGAAAGAAAACCAUGUGCUGAACUGCUCCACAUCCUCAGAUCAGUGGCUAGUUUAGGAGCAAAAUAAACUUCCUCUUGACAAGGAAGAAGUAAAAACAGAUUAUGUGAAGUCUUAUGAAUGUGUUUCUGAGCAGCAAUAGCUGUGAAGUUCUUGAACCACAGUGUCUUAAAGUACUGGAAGAAUAAUUGUCUUUUUGUAAUUCCGUAAAGAGAAAGUUAAGGUUUACAUGUCAGCUGUUUCCUUUAUGUGCAGAAUAACUGAAUGAUAGAAAGGUGCUAAAUGUAUCAAAUGAAAUCUGGCUUUUGUGCUCUUUGGAUGAACAGAAUUGCUGCUGCUUCUUUUUCUACAGUGAGAGGAGCAUUUUGGAACUGUGACACGUGGAACAACAUAUAGAAACACCAAUAUCCAAAAGAAAGAGAGUGUUUGCAAACUGUACAAAGAUUUUUUGUAAAUCUUUUGUAAAUCUUUUUUUUUUUUACUAAUAUGUACAUUAAUACCUUGAUAAUUAAAGCAUUGUACUCAUUGUC